GGCGACGUCGCGCGUCCCCGCCCCAUACAAACACGAUGACUCGUAUAAAUCCGCCCGCCGCGCCGGGUGCGUUCCGUAUCAAUCUGCCCGCCCCGCCCCCCGCCCCGUCCGCCUCCGCAUUUCUGCCCGCCGCCUCCAUCCCAACGACCUCGGCUAGCAGUCUACUGUCACACCUCAGCUACAACACUUGUCACCAUGCAGUACCCUCCGAGCCCAUCGUCGAGUACCACUCGUGUUCCCACCACACCGGUGCCCAACGCGCCCUACAUGAGUCCGAAGGACUUGCCCCCGUCACCAGUCACGCCGACCCAUUUUCUCCCCGGAUACGGCGCACCUGCCGGUGCGCCGUACAUGCACCCCGCGGGUUACGGCGCUGCUCCGGGUUCUCGAGCUACUUAUGGCCUCAUGACUCCGCCCACAACCCCGGAGAGAGCACGCGGGCAGCGUGGGUCCGCGGGCUACACCAUCCACCCGAUGUUCCACCCAAAUACGCUCAGGUUCAACAUCUCCCUGCCGGCCUCGCAGAUUGAGUUCCGGGCGCCGUUCUCCCACCGCAACGUCACGGACAGCUUCGCGUCGCCGCCCGCGCGAAGCGUCUUCGUCAACAUCAUCGGCGUGUUCCAAUUUGAAGUGCGCGCCUCCCAAGCGAGCGGCGUCACCGUCGGGGAUGUCCUCGAAGGCAUCGGGCGGGCGAUGGCGCAGCCCGUCUUGGCCAACGAGUACAACUGCUUCCCCACCGAUGCGCGGCAGCGCGUCGCGGCGUCCGUGCGCACCCCUCGCCGCGUCGACUUUCUGGGCACCAGGGUCCUCUUCAACGCCGUCGAAGUGACGAGCGCGUCGGGCGGUGCGGUCUAUUGCGAUCUUCAGCUCGCCGUCACGGCGUCGUGAGAUGCACGAGGACCCCCGUCGUUAUUCCGUCCUCCCUUCGCCGCCUCGAACGCCCCCCACCUAUCUCGACCCGCGCGGCAAAAAUAACUUCUUUCCGGAUGUGCUUGGUCGUAUGCGCUGGACGCUCGUGCAGUCCCAUUAUUUGUAUCAUCUCGGACAUGCGUUUCUCUGGUCGAUCGUCACUGUAUACAAUCCCCUCUCCUGUAGCUAUUCCCUCCUCUCGGACAUCUCUCACUGUACAGUAGCUAUACCGCCACUGCUCCUUACGAACUAUGGCUUGCAACUGUACCUUACAUAAAGUUUAUAAAUACUACGUUUACAAGUUACGCUCUAGGAACGUCUGACCGGCGUUGCGGUCCUCUUCGGCGCACCCUCAGAACCGUGUCGCCAGGUCGCCGUUGGAAAACAC